AUGUUGAUAUUGCAUGCCUGGUCUGGUGCCAAAGUCACUAGACCUGGAAAGUUCCGUAGCUGUCUUGAUAGUUAUGCUGUCAAGUCCUCGUUGAAAGCUGAAGAAGGACUCCUUUAUCCACUUGAAAAGAGCUUUUUCUUUUUACCCAAACCUCCAACCCAUAUUCUUCACGAGGAGAUUGACCAUGUGGAGUUUGAGAGGCAUGCUGCUGGAGGAUCAAACAUGCAUUACUUCGACCUUCUGAUUAGACUGAAGACUGAACAAAAACAUCUCUUUCGGAACAUUCAGAGAAACGAGUAUCAUAAACUUUUUGACUUCAUCAAUUCGAAGGGUCUGAAAAUCAUGAGUUUGGGAAGUGUCCAAACUACUGAAGGUGUCGCGGCUGUUUUGCGGAGCGAUGAUGAUGAUGAUGUUGAUCCACAUCUCGAGCGGAUUAGAAAUGAAACUGGUGGAGAUGAGAGUGACGAGGAGGAUGAAGAUUUUGUUGCUGACGAAGAUGAUGGAGGCUCUCCUACUGAUGAUUCAGGGGAAGGAGAAUCUGAUGCUAGUGCAAGUGGAGAUGAGGAAGAGAUAAUCAUUUCGUUGCAUGCCCCUUUUCUCCCUAUACCUGCUAAAAAGAAACUUAAGAAAGAAUCUUCUGCUGCGAAGGCAUCUUCUGGUAGGAAAAGAACCAAAGAUGGUGAUGAAGAUGGUUCAAAAAAGAAGAAACAAAAGAAGAAAAAGGAUCCAAAUGCACCAAAGAGGGCAAUCAGUGCUUUCAUGUACUUCUCGCAUGCCGAAAGGGAGAAUGUGAAGAAAAGUAAUCCUGGAAUUCCUUUCACAGAGAUGGGAAGAGUUCUUGGUGACCAAUGGAAUAAGAUGUCAGCUGAGGAGAAAGAACCAUACGAGGCAAAGGCUCAUGCAGACAAGAGGCGCUACAAAAGUGAAAUCAACAGCUACAAGAACCCACAACCCAGAAUUACCGAUCCAGGGAAUGAGUCUGACAGUGCAUAG